UGGUUAUUCACAUCGUCUGGUUAUUCACAAUCAUCACAUUGAGCAGAGGGGAGAAAAUUGCGAGGAGGGGAGGAGGAUUCCGAAUCGCAGUUGCAACCCAGUAAUCCACUCCACCACCGCACGGAUUCGAUCGCCGCCGCCGCCGCCAUCGCCUCCCCCCACCGCUGUAGGAACCCUCACGGCCGGCGCCGCUACCCUCCCCCUUCCCUUCGACUAGGGUCUCCUUUCGUCCCGCACUGCGAGCUGCUAGGGUUCCCCUCGCCCUUGCCCUCGCCCUCGCCGGUUAGGGUUCCCCCGUUGGCCCCCUCCUCUUCAACGGGGUGCGGGCGGACGCUGGGGAAGAAGGGCGCCUAGGGCCUCGCCGCCCAAUGGCUCCCGCCGCAAAGCGGGGCGCCAAGGGCACCAAAUGGAACAGAGACCCGCAGCUCGGGGACCUCGUCCUCGCCAAGGUCAAGGGCUACCCUUUCUGGCCAGCCAAGGUGAGCAGGCCGGAGGAUUGGAAUCAGGAGCCCACUCCGCGCAAGUUCUUUGUCCUCUUCUUUGGCACCAAAGAGAUUGCUUUCGUAGGUUUGCCAGAUCUCCAGCCAUUUACAGAACAGGUGAAGAAUGACUUGGUAAAUCAAGCUCGAGAGAAAAGAUUUCCGAAAAGACAUGCGAAAGGUCUUGAAGAAGCCUUGGUGGAGAUAUGCAAGGCCUAUGACGAGCUGCCAAAAUCAUCUGAAACUGCCAAUGAUGUGUUGCCUGAUCAAACUCUUGAUAUGAGUGAGAAACCUACAGAAUCCCUUGUAAAGCCACCUGAUGAUGGUGAGACUCCAAGAGUGGAACAAAUGGAAGUUGAUAGUUCUGUGGACAACUUGAAUACUUUAAGGCACGGUUCAGGAACCGAGGAGAAUGUGAAAGAUGGUGGUCAUGACAGAAAGGACAUUGUUCCAGCAGUUAUUAAUAGGAAAAAACCUGCAGAAAAGGAUUCUGACCAUCCCAAGAAAAAGAAGCCUGUGACAUCGAAGUCAGCUACCAACAUGCACCUUGAACAAAUGGAAGUUGAUAGUUCUGUGGGCAACUUGAAUAAUUUAAGGCACGGUUCAGGAACUGAGGAGAACGUGAAAGAUGGUGGUCAUGACAGAAAGGAUACUUUUCCAACAGUUACUAAUAGGAAAAAAUCUGUAGAAAAGAAUUCUGACCAUCCCAAGAAAAAGAAGCCUGUCACAUCGAAGUCAGCUAUCAACAUGCACCUUGAACAAGCACGCUCACCAACCUCUCUGUUCUCAGGAAGAGAGACUGAAGGCCAAAAAGUUGGGAAAGAGGGCCGUCCAACUGAAGGUAUCCUUUUGGACCCUAAUGUAGAGAUAGUUUGUGCCCUUGAAGUGCCAAAGAAAGAUAAAUCCAAGAUGCAGUUGAAGACUGCUGACAGGGAGGAAAACAAGCAUGUCGAUGGCACUGGUAUUUCUGGGAGGACUACUCCUGAGGCUCUACCUGGUACUGUACCAGCCAAUAGUGCUGACAAAGAGAGCGGAGGAUUUAGAAAGCUGAAACCGAUGAUGAAACAAUCACUUAUGGACAAAUCAGAGAGAAGGUGCCCUAACAAAGUAAUGGUUGACAAGCCUAACAAGCAGUUGACUGUAAAAUCACCUGUUGUCUUGUCUUCCAAUAAGAAAUCUCUGCCUGGUAGUGGUCAGCGCAAGCCGGAGGGUAGCACUGAUAUGCGUCCGGCAAAGAGGCCAAAACUAGUAGACAGAGCCAAUGAAACAGUUAAGACAGGGGCAAAGAGUGAACUUAGGUUACCUGUUGAUAAUGGAAAGGAUAAUUCUGUGAAAAAUGAGAAAUCCACUUCCGUUGGAGCCAGAAACAACACAUUUCCCGAGACUGUAACCGCUGAUGGUAGGACAAGGAAAUCAGGUGUAGUUGUAUCACCCCUACCAAGGCCGCAUUCUGAGCGAAUGGAACAGGCACCUGGUUCUGCAACCAAGUUAAUUGGUUUUGAUACUGCUAAGAAGGGCUCCAGCAUGAGGGAGGAUGGCUCACGUGUUGGUAGGCCAUUGGCACAACCCAGGAGAAGAGCAUGUCGUUUCGAUGAUGAUGAGGAGGAAGAACAACGAACCCCACCUCAUAAAACUGUGGCCAAAUCAAUCUCCACUCAUGUAACCCCAACAGACAAGAUCCAUCAGACAGGUAUUCGGGGGAUUCCUUCAUCACAAGUUGGCAAUGUUUCUGCAAAAAAAUCUGGUUUGGCAAGAGAAGAGAAACCCAGAAGUGUUGGAAGGUCACCUGUGAAGCACGAGCCAAUUUAUUCACCAAGUCAAGGUAAAGUGCACGCUAGACCACAAAUGACUGGGCGAAAAUCGGCCACUAUCUCAGUUGACACUUCUUCUGCUUUGGGUAACAAGAUUAACCCGGCAGACCGCAAAUCCUCGGACCAAUUAAAAAAUCCAGGAUCAUCUGAAGUGAAGAAACCGCAAGGUAGUUCUUCUAAAGUAGUGCAGCAGACAUCUGGGAACUCUCACUCUCAAAGCCAUGCUACCUUAGAAAAGAAUGUACUUCUGUCUAAAUCAGAAAAUGCCAAGGUUAAAGCUAAGCCCAGCACACAGAUAGCUAUGACUGCCGAGAAUAGGUUAAGUGCCACUUUGUCAGAUGAACGAAGCGGGAAGCUGGAUCACUCUAAAGAGGACAGAUCAAAUUUUGUUGAUAAAGCAGAUUUCGCUGAGUCUAAUGCUGACUCUGACAAGUCAAUUAAGCGUCUUAUUGCAGCUGCCCAAGCAAAGAGAAACCAUCUUGCGUCUGGUCAAGGAAAUUCUGAUGGCUCUUCUGCAGAUAAUGCUGUUCUUGCUUCCGCAGCGUAUGGCUUGCCUGGACUAAGUCCUAGUCCUGUUUUUCACAUUCCUUCUGCAUCAAGAAAUGCUAUUUCAGAGGGUGACAUCAUGCAAUCUCAAGAUUCCAUCUGUGAACCUGGUCACCGAGUUGAUCUGAAAAAGCCAGCAGAAACUGACCAUGAACAUGAAAAGAGUCCGAAACCUAAGCAAUCCAGCAGUUCACUGGGUGGUGGUACUGAUGCAGCAAUUGCACGUGAUGCCCUGGAGGGAAUGAUAGAGACUCUGUCGAGGACAAAGGAUAGUAUAGGUCGUGCUACACGUCAUGCAAUCGAGUGCUUGAAACAUGGCAUUGCUGAAGAGAUUGUUGCGCUUCUCAUAAGGAAAAUCGAGAAUGAGCCUAAUUUGCAUCGCAAGGUUGAUCUCCUUUUUCUUUUGGACUCCAUAACACAGUGUUCUCACUCUCAGAAAGGCGUUGCUGGGGCUUCAUAUGUUCCCACUGUUCAAGCUGCAUUACCUCGUCUUUUGAGUGCUGCUGCUCCACCUGUAGCUGGUGCUCGUGAAAACCGACGCCAGUGCCUAAAAGUUUUAAGAUUGUGGCUAGAGAGAAAGAUUAUGCCAGAAAAUGUACUGCGAAAAUACAUGAAUGACAUAGAGGUGCCAAAUGAUAACACACACGCUGGUUUCAUGCUCAGGCGACCGUCCCGAGCUGAACGUUCUGUUGAUGACCCUAUUAGGGAGAUGGAUGACAUGCUUGUUGAUGAAUAUGGCAGUAAUACAACCAUUGAGUUCUCUGGAAUAUUAUCAUCAAAUGUCUUUGUAAAUGAUGAGGAUUUCCGUCGGAUUGAUGGGUCAUUGCCAGUUAUUUCACUGCGAGUUGGAGGGGGUGGGAUACAAGAAAGUGAAGAGAUUAUUGCUCCAAACUCUGUUGAGGAACACAUUACGGUACUAGAAAGUGCAACUAGUGAUGCUGUAAUGGAAGAUGCUUCAGUUUUACCAAGGAACAGUCAACAGAUAGAGGGAUCUACCCUCAUUGAGCAUGAUUCUAAGCAGGAAGCAGGUUCAGAGGAGGCAUUGACUAAUCAGUACGAGCUUCCCCCUCUACCUGAGGGUCCUCCACCUCUUCCACUGGAUUCAUUAUCUCCCCAGCCUUUACCUGAGGGCCCUCCACCUCUUCCAUUGGAUUCACCGCCUCCCCCACCUCCUUUGCCCCCUUCACCACCACCUGCUACACCACCUCCGCCGCCACCACCACUUUCACCAUCUUCGCCACCUCCACCGCCACCCCUGCCAUCUGGACCACCUCCGCAGCCUGCUCCACCACCUCCUCAUCCUUCAAUCCCGCCACCUGUUCCGUCAUCUCCAUCAUCACUGGGUUAUCAGCAUGCCAUGCCAGAAUAUUUUAGGCCUCCCAAUGGUAACCAACUAACAGGAAAUUCAUCAAUUCAAGGUGUUGGAAAUACGCCGAACUUUAUGCCUGCUGUACCAGUGAAUGCACAAGCUCCAGUUAAUUAUGCCCCAUCAUUGCCACCGGAUUAUGGAAGCAACAAUAUCUUUCUGCCACAGCAAGCUUCUAAUGGUAAUUAUCAGUUUCAGCCUGGUGUAUCUUUUCAUCAAGGGGCUUUCAGUGCUUUCCCAUCGGCACAAACACCACCAGUUCACCCCCACACUCAUCACACACACAUUAACCCCAUGGGCCAACAAUCUGUACCACCUCCAUGCAAUUCUUAUGGUGUACAGCCCUUUCCAAAUAGUCAAAGCCAGUAUACAUCGGAAGAACAGUGGCGAAUGACAUCUGGUAACUUCAGUCCAGAUGACCAGCAUAAUACCUGGUUACCAGGUGGCAGAUCACUAUCUUGUUCAGACGGGUCAUUCAUGCAGGAUGGGUAUCCGAGGUCGAACAUUGACAGAUCUUCAAUGAAUCCAAUGAGUCAUCAACAUGCUGUACUUAACCAUUUGCCGUCUGGAGCACCACAUCCAGGCCAUGUUGUUCCUCACAUGCUGCCAGCCAAGCCUGAUAUUCAUGCACUUAAUUGCUGGAGGCCUUCUGGAUGAACCUGUAUAAUUAACUCUGCGGUUUUGACAUGGGAAAUUGGAGACGUUGGGAGCCAUUUUAAAUGGGGAUUCAACAAGAGGUGCUUAUGUUAGCCUGUUCUGCGAUGAGGAUGCACUUUUGCCUGGGGAGUAAUGAUGAGAUCUGAUGUUAGUAAUUGGAAUGGACAUUUUACAUUGUAAUUAGUCUUGACAGCAGCAUCCAGCAGACUAAUCUCUCUUAGUGUCUGGAAACUAUACAAGUCGGCGGCGUGUGUUAUGAUGUGGUUGCGAUGGCUGUUACCUGUUGGUGGAGUUGAGGGGAGCUCAUGUGGUGAGUCGAGUGUUUUCUUUUUACCUGAGGGGAUGGAUGUUGAGUGCUUAGUUUGUAGAGAGGUAAGCCUCACUGAAGAAUUGUACAAAAGAGAUACUCAAUGUACAGCUUUUUGGGCAAAACUUUUAAAAGGGAAGUUGAUGUAUAUGUUGUUAUGCGUAGGGGUAGUCCCUUGGCACAAGCUAGGGAUGAUAGAUGUUGCUUCAUUGUUUUGUUGGACAAAAUGGAAGAAAGAAAUGUUGUGAUGAUGAGUCCAAACCUGGGGUGCAAAGGGUGGCGUAGCUCAAGUUUUCCUGUGAUGGUUCAUCUUUCUGGAAAAGGGAGGCAUGCACCGCACAGCAGGUUGUUAUUAGUAUCAUCAGUAACUGUGCGGGGAUGAUGUUCUGUUGGACCGUAGCCGUGUCGAUUCGGUUAGGGUAUGAGAAAUAUAUGUUGCCCUGGUGGUUAUUGUAAGCAGGAUGUGUGGAGGUGUAUAUUCAGUGAAGUGUUUGUUGUUGUUGAGA